AUGCAAACAAUAAAACAACAAAAGCUUGCUAUAUGGAAUCUUGGUUCAAGAGCAUUAUCAUUUAGCAGUCGUGAAAUACACAAUCUAGUCUAUGAUAUAUGUUUCAAUCAAUCAAAAUACAUUAUAGGUCAUGGAAAAUAUGAAUAUACUUUCAAAAAUAAUCAAAUGAAGAAUUUUAACAAACGUGCAAAAUAUGAUGAAAGUAUGCCCGGUGAUAAAAUUCAUUUGAAGACAGUGACUCUUCAAACUAUACAUAAUAUUUUAGCUUCAAAAUUACGAAACAUGAAAGAUUUAAUUUAUCAUUUACAUCAUGCCGGUCGAUUAAAUGAAGUUGUUUGUUUACUCAGUAGUCCAGCGUUUCUUAUUCAUCAGAUUGAAUCUGGAUAUGGUUUGACAUUGUUAGACGAUAUGAAUAGAUGCAUUACAACUACUGCUCAUCAUCAAUCUAAACCGAACAAUAUUCCUACUUCAUUAGAUCUUAUGAAGGAUAAAAUUAUAACUAUGCAAAGGUUUCUUGCAUCGAAUUAUGAAUUUUUAAUUAAACAUCCGUAUUCAUUCGCUGAAUUGGCUAUCAAUCAAGAUGUUGACGAAUGGAUUCAUACAAUUGGAUAUGCAUGUUUACUUAGUUCAAAUUAUCAAGAGAAAAUCAAUGGUGACUCAUGUAAAAAAAUUUUCCGUAUUAAAUUAAGUACUAAUGACAUUCAAUCUAUCCUACCGAAAAUUGUUCAACCAAUUGCAAUUCAUAAACCAGUCACACCACUAACUGGUUCCCAAGAUAUCCCAAUCUCAAUUGAACUUGAUCGAACAGGUAAUUUAUUAGCUUAUGGAACUGAGUCUGGCACAGUUACGGUUGUCGAGGUUCAAUCAUUUAAGAUAUUAUGUUCAUUUCUUGGACAUAAUAUGCCAAUACUCAGUUUAUGUUUUCUUGAUGAUUUUGCCUCUGACGGUUCUACGAUCAGACCAUACGGUAUGCCGAGUUCACAAUUAUGGCUAGUUAGUACUAGUCAGGAUGCUAGUAUACUUAUUUGGGAUUUAUCAAAUGUGAUAAACAGUGUUACAUGUGGAAUAGCAACUAGUAUCAGUUCCCAAGUGUCUUCUUUAAGUGGAUAUCAUCACAAACCUGUGACUGUAUCUGCUUGGCAUCCGAAACGUCGUAUUUUGGCUACUGGUGGUUUAGAUUGUUUAAUUUGUUUAUGGGAAGUUGGUGAAUUGGGAUUUGGGUCAUAUUUUACGUCGAAAUCAUCUGGUUGUAAAAAAAUUAAACCUAGUAAAAAGCUGAAUAUCAAAUCAUCGAUUAAUUCAAUUGCUUUUCGUUUACCGAAUUAUGCAUCGGAUAGCGAAAAAUCUAUUCCUGAAUGUUUACGUGAUGUUAUGGCAGUGGGAUGUUGGGAUGGUUUUGUCCAUUUCUACAGUCUCAUAUCUAUGAAUUGGAUAAAGUCUCUUGCAAUCUCAACAUCUGCUAUUUGUUCACUGGCUUACUCGCCGAAUGGUGGCAGACUGUUAGCUAUUCUUGAUAGAAAAGGUCAAAGUUUCAUUUUAAAUGCGAAUACAUUUGCAUAUCUAGGCCGGUUAACUGAAAAUGUCACUUUUUCAUCAAUUGAUGAAUUCGCUUGUCUUGAUGAACUGCAUCAUUUAUUACCGAAUCAAAAGGGAGUAUUAUGUUUCUCUGAACCAACUGGACGUUAUCUCAUUCAAACUGGCGGUGGGUCAUCAGUUGGUCGAAUCAAUGUUUGGAAUGCUCAUCUCGGUGCACCUGAAGGUCCAUGGAUUAACGUUAGUCGCAAUAAGAAAGAAAUGAAACGAACUAUAUUUGUCACAACCUAUACUAUUGACAUAAGUGGAAAGUAUAUCAUAAUUGGAUGGAAUGAUGGUCUCUUCACUAUUGUUCUAAUGACCAAUGGUGAUACUGUAUUCAGUUCGGAUAAAUUAACUCCUUUGAUAAACGAUAAUUCAUCUGUUGAAGCUAUCGCUUGUGGUAUUUCACCUUAUUGCGAUGAUGCUAAUCUUGUCGUUGUUGGCUGGUCAUCUGGUGCAGUUAGGUUAUAUCACUUUAGCUUUAAGCCUGAAAUUAAAUCAAAACGAGAUGAUAACUCUACUGUUCAGUCUGAUAUACAUUCUAUUUGCAAUUUAUCCAUUGUACCUUUGUAUACUUCUUGGUCACAUUCUAUUGAACAUGCAGAGAAUGGGACAGGUGAAGCUGGUGGUACUCUAUGCGCAUCUGCUUCUAAUUCUAUCGCAGUUAGCGGAGGUGGGAAUUGUGAAGUAUGGGCGUAUUUUGUUGGUUCCAAGUUAGAAAAUCCUUUAGUGAGAUCAAUUUGUCUUCGACAACAUAGUAGUCAAAUAACUGCUGUCGCAGUACAAAUGAAUUUUAUAGCUACUGGCUCGAAAGAUAAAAAUGUAGCUAUCUACAGUUAUGAUUCAAAUACUGCAAAAGUAACACUUCAAUACAUCAUACAUAAUGCUUCUAAAGAUUGGAUUAUAUCAUUGAAAUGGUCAUAUAUUCCGCAUAAAAUGCAUGACAGAAAACUAACAUUACUUGUUGGAAGUAAUGAUCAGUCAAUUCAUCUAUAUAGAAUUAAAUCAAAGAAAUAUAAAUUGAAACAAACACUUGUUUCAUAUAAACUUGGCAUUAAAUCACUUGAUUUCAAUUAUCCUUAUAUUUUUUCUGCUACAUCUAAUGGUCAUAUAAGUGUAUGGCGAUAUGGUCGAAAUGAAAACUUUGAACUUAUCAGUGAAAUGAUAAUAUCAUCACCGUUAGACACCUUGAACUUGAAUACAACCAAUGAGAAUGUAGUGAAUCUUAUUAAAGUUCAAUCAUUUGAAUAUACUCCUUGUUAUUAUUCAUCGAACAAUAAAAAUGUUAUCAAUUCUUACGAUGAACUAGAACCUCAUAAAAGUAAAGAUUCUGUGGUCGAUACUAUGGUUUCCAAUAAUAGUCCACGUUCAUUAUCGUCUAAUGAUAUUAAUAACAAUGAAGAUGACAGUUUACAGCAUCAGGAUAUUACGGAUGAAAAUCUAGUUAGCGACGAAGAAAGUGUGAAAGGAACUUCUGAUCAGUGCUGUUUAAAUAAUGAUGAAUUAAUGGACGAGGGUUCCGAUGAAACACCAAGUCAGUGCUCAGAGAAAGAUCUAAUGACUGUGAAUAAGUGUAAUAAUGUUGCUUUCAACAGUGAUGAAUCAACAGGAUCUCACAUUUUUGACAAAUUUAUUAAUCGUCCUGGCUCCUUGUCAGAAUUACUUGAUGAGACUAAUGUGAAACUUUUGAUUGGUCAAACAAUUUCCGGUUCACGUAAUAUUCAAGAGUUUCAAUUUCGAGUAUAUGAACCAUCACUUACAGGAUAUCAUGCUACUCUAAGUGGUCAUGCUGGCUUAAUUCCUUGUGGAUUAAGUUGUACAAAACCUCUGAAUUCGAAUAAUGAUGAUACAUUACUUAUCAGUGUAGCUGGUCAAAAUUGUGAUUCUAAAACAAUUGGCUGUGACAUUCGACUUUGGAAUUUACCUUUAUCGAAUAGUUCUUUAUCAUGUAAACCAACUCUUCAACAUACUGGACCAGUUAUAUGUGCUGAUUAUCUGUAUGUGACAAAGAAUUUACAACUUUGUAUAACUGGUUCAGUUGAUGGUGACUGUAUUAUUUGGGCUGCUCGCGGUUCAUCAACUUCUCAAUCAAUCAAAACUAUAACUACUGCUACCACUACAUAUCAACCAUUGAUACGUUUAACUAAUUCAUAUAUGAAACCAAGAUACAGUAUAAAUAGUAUUGUUACACAAUCAUGGACAAUGAAUAAUGAGGAAAAUAAAAUAGAUUAUUUCAUUUUUAUUGCUUUCGGUUAUGAGAUUUUAAUGUUGCACAUACACCUUAAUCAUGAUAUUUUAAUUAAUAAAACUGAUUUGGAAAAUAGUUUAUUAGAGUUAUUUUCAAAUGGGAAACAAUUGGAUAUAAAUAUUGUUGAAUUAAAUGCAUUAUGGUCAAUUAAAACAAUUGAUGGUUAUGCUGAAAUACAAAGAUUUAAAACAGACCAUAUCGUUGUCGAAAUGUCUGCUUUACAUCAUGAACCAGUUAAUAUGAAUCAGUGUGGUGUCGUAGCACUUUUGUCCAAUGGUGAAAUUGUCAUUAUUCCAUUUAAACGUACAGACGAUAAACUCAUUCACCUUCGUGUUCGAGAUAACUGUAAUCUUUCAAGUCAUUGGUGCAGUUCAUUAUGUACAUAUCAGGAUGGUAUACUUGUAGCACAUAAUGGAUCAGCUUUAUUUCAUCCGUUUGAUGAUCAUAGUGCAAAUGUAUUCACACCACUUCGUGGAUCUAUCAAUAAUUUGGAAAAUAUCUAUAUUGACAGAAUUGAACCACUUUGUUUACCUAACGGAAAUAGUUUCAAGUUAUUUUAUAUUGUAACAAGCAAAUUAAAAUCUGAACCACGGAUUAUCUUCUUUAAUAGUGAUGAGCAUAUGCUAUUGAAUAUUUCGCUGGAAGGAAUGGAUUUACAAGUCACUGCUUAUUGUAUCACUUCAACUCAUCUUGAUAGUGAAAAUUUAAUAGUGUAUUUAUUGUUGGCAACGUCGGAUAGCUUUCUACGUUUGUUGAAAUGUUCUAUCAAUGUUUGUAAUAAAUCGAAAUUAAGCAAAUGGGAACAGAUCAAAAUUUAUCCAAGUGGCGAGCAUAUUACGAAAUUGGUCACUUUCAAUAAAGAUCCUGUGAGGAUUAUGUGCUGCCUUCAGAAUGGUCAGAUUGAUCUUUACACAAUAGAACAGUAG